AUGGCAGGGGACACUGACAACCUGUCAGAGGAGGCACAUGUCUGCGGUAUCAAUUAUGCAGGCAAUGUGCAAGCACUGGCGGAAGUAGCGGUGUCGGCUGCCACCGACUCGGUGUUUUGGGGUCUGACGUCAUGGCAGCGCUUAGCGCACCGAAUUAUCGAUUUUCUCCGGUUGCAAUCAGCUGAUCAAUUCAAGAGGCUGACUGCUAUCGAUUUUUCACCCCUCAAUCAGCUGAUUCCGGCCAGCGAUAUCAGCUGA